CGAGAUCACUUACAACUCUUCCUUCCUUGUCAAAGCAACUCCCACUCUCUCUCUCUCUCUUGCUUCUCUCUCUAGACUCGGGACUCCGUAAUAUUUUUAUGUUUUUGUUUGCUGAAGGCGGAAGUUUUUGCCUUAUUCUCUCUCAGUGUCAGAUAGCUCGGGAUUUUGGUUGAAGGAUUUGUUGGUUAGUCUUUUUUUUUUCUUUUUCAGGUGGACUUUUUUGUAUGCUUUUUCUUUUUUGAGUGAUUGUGGUGGGCUGAGAUGGAGAGAGAUUUCUUGGGUUUGAACUCAAAGGAGCCGGUGGUUGUGGUGAAGGAGGAGACCAACAACGAUGGCGGCAAAGACCCAGGGUUUGGAAGAGGUGGAGGUGCUCAUUCGCCGUUUCAAAACAAGGUCUCUGCAGUUCCUCAUUUUAUGUCCUUCAAAGCUGCUCAAGAUGAUAGGACUAAAAAGAUGUUACCUGAUUCCUUAUUGUCUUCCGUCUCCGCGGAUGCACUUGGCCCUUGUCAAAAACAAACUGCAUAUGAAGCUCAGGAUUACUUCAAUCACGAUAGGCAAGGUGGGGCUCAUUUUUCCCUGACAGCUUAUCAUAUGCAACAUGAUGUGCAUUCUGUGCACCGUCCUCAUGAUGCAAAGAUGAUUUCAGUUACCAGUCAAGGGAUUUCUGUUCCAAUGAGCAAUCCUUACUUGAAGAAUCACUUGGCUACAACUGGUCAGAAUUUUUCCACCACUACCAUGAAGCACCAAAUAUUUGGAGGAAUUCCUGUUACGGCUCCACUUUCAGCUCUUCCCGUUGCAGGUGGUUCCAUUGCUGGGAUCACUGAACCAUGGAACAAUGUCAAGAUCUCUGGGUCUCCUUCACAAUUGACAAUCUUUUAUGCUGGUACUGUGAAUGUCUAUGAUGAUAUCUCCCCUGAGAAGGCUCAGGCAAUGAUGCUUUUGGCCGGAAACAGUUGUUCUAACUCCUCUAAUGCUGCACAACCCAAAUCUCAAGUGCCUAGUGCGAAGUUGGCAGCGGAAGACGGUGUUCCUGUGAAUCAGGCUACAAAUAUACACCCACCUGCUCUUUCUAGCCCCUUAUCUGUUUCUUCACAUUCUGGCGCCCAGUCAGCAAGUGGGUCCACAAGCACUGAUGAACUAAUGGCAGCUAGAACUUCCAGACGUCCAACCAGUCCUGUUAACAAAAUGGAGGCUCCAAAAACAGCAAAUGCAGCUGGAUCUGUUGCCGCAACUUCUAUGAUUCCUUCUGCUGUUCCACAGGCUCGCAAAGCAUCCUUGGUUCGGUUUUUGGAGAAGCGCAAGGAAAGGGUGAUGAGUGCAGCACCAUACAACUUCGACAAGAAAUCACCAGAACACGGCACUCCAGAAUCCGGCGGAGUGAAUUUUGGCCAACAAGGAGAACAACGAUGAUGUUCGGUGCUAAAGCAGAAGGGAUAAUUAUUUCAAAAUUUGUGUAGUACGAGUGAAAUAUGUGAAGCACAUUGUCAUUGUUGGUAGAAAAUAACAGUUAUCCCGACUGUUUGAGAAUUUAAGUUUAGUCUCAACAGUGUUGUUGUAGGGUUGUGGCCCCUUUUUAUUUUGAAUGCUAGUCGGAUCCUUUUACCCGAAUCCGACUGUAUAAUGUUGAACGAACAACUUUGUGUAAUAAUAUUAUAUUUUAUAUA